GCAGUAUUUAUAAGGAGCAGGAUGAAAGGCAAGUGCUUUUCUUUUGAGCACAGAAUUCUGAUGAAGUACCCAGAAUGCUUUCCUUCGUUCUUCUUCUCCUUGCUUUCAUUUCUACUGUUGCUGCUGAUACUGAAUGUACCAAAUUAGGAGGGACAUGUUACAACUAUCGUCUGAGAAGGUGUUGGAAUGAUAUGCUUGAAGGGAAGUGCCAUGGCCACAGCGACCGAAGAUGCUGCCUGCCUUGCCAUUUAUACUGUAAAAUGAAUGAGCACAUGUGGAUUAUAUUCAAGGACCGCGCCUGUUUGCUGAACAAAGGAAUAUGUCAGUUUAGCACCAAUUACUGUUCUGGUUCGUAUACCAACUAUAGAUGUGGAGGCCCCUCAUCACGGCAAUGCUGCUUGCCUUCAAAGAUGAAUCCUUUCUGGCCACUGACAAGGUGAAGAGUCCUUUCUGGCCACCAACAGUGUGAAGAGCCAAAGAUAUAAACUUAACUGCCAGUUCCCAGCUUUCACCAACUAACUGCACUCCUCCCUUCCCCAAAAUAACAGAUUGCCUUAUUCAUGCUUCCGCCUACUUCUCUAUUUCUCGAGUUUCCUGUAAUCUUAUUUAGCCACAUAAUUGUAGACUUUCCUAUUUUCUUUUCGCCAUAGUCAAGAUCAUAAGCAUGUGUCUUUUCUUGCUGUUCACUCACAGGGGAACGGCACCUGUUAUAUGAGAUAGAUCAAACAGGGAUAAUAAAACAUAUUAUGUAACCAGGUAGGAGGAAUCAUAGUUUGUGAUGAAUCAGAAAACAUUUCCUGAACAGCAUCAUAAGAACCUGGUUGUGUUUAGCAGUGGUCCUCAACCAUUUUAGACUCAAGGCACUGCUUGGAAAAUGUCACCUCUCAGUUUUCACUCAUUUUUUGACUGCAGAAAGAUACUAGAGCAAUUCUGUUGCAAAGAAAUCAGGAAGACCACAACAGGUUGGCAUGGUUUUAACACAGUGGAUCCUUAUUUGAAAUCUCUGGGUUUAUUUUAUGACUCGUGUCUGUACACCUCACAGUGCUAACAUUGCAUGGCAUACUGCAGCUCCCUGGUUGAGACUCACUCGUGAUGAGCUUUUCCAGCCUAAGGUUGCUGGCUCAUGCUUUACUUUGUAUAGAGGCAGGUAGAAGGCAGGGCAGGUGGCACCUUAAAGACUUAUUGGGUCAGAGAGCCAUGAGCUUUCACAGGCAACAGCCAACUUGUGAAUGGAUGUGCUAUGAACGACAAGUCCGUUCAUAGCAUCCGAUAAACUAGGCUGUUGCUGAUGAAAGCUCGUGUCUCGCUCAACCAGAUAAGUCCAUAAGCUACUGCCUUGCCCCAGCUUCUGCCUGAUUUCACGCUACCGUGGAAAAUUGCAUCUUUGUACAGAGGGUACCGCUGGUCUAAUAACUUUUCAAGAAGGGGAGAUGGUUGUGGAAGGGUGUGCGAAAGCAUGCUUGCGUCUGAAGUAUCUGCCCAGAUAGCUUAACAAUCACUUGAACAGUCUUUCCAUCCCUAGCCUAUUCAUUAUUAGCUAAAAUUUGGGAUUCUGGUGCAGGCUGCUAAAAAAUUUAAGAGAAAGAUACUUCAAACUAGAACGCUUGUUUUUUUGUAGGUCUUCUUGUCUCAGACCAACACAGCUACCAAAUACACCCCGGAGAAAGAUACUUGAAAUUUGUCCUUGAGUUUUACCUCUAUCCUUCUCCCUCCCCCAUUUUAUUUUUAAAUGCACUGUUCUGUUGCCAAAAAAAGAAAGAAUGAAAGAACGAGUUAAUUGUACAGUGCUCUAUAAAACCACAUCACUGCCGUUUGCCAAAGGCAUUGGAAUUUCACCACUGAAUAUUAUCUCCCCUUCUGGGACCCCUCAGAGACAUGGCCAGUCACCAUUGGUAUUUAGCUUUACAAAUUUAGUCUUCAAAAUUCUCUGAUCAUGUCUGAUUGGCUAGGAAUAUGGAUGCAGCCUCUGCAGGAAUACACAGAUAUAAAGCAAAGCAUCUCCAACCUUUCACUUGAAAACAGAGCUCUGGCGGUGGAUGAAAAAUGCACCCAGUCACCGUGAUCACUUUUGCUCUUGUGAUGCCAUCUGCUUUUGCAGGGCCCUGGGCAAAUAUAUGUUCAACUCAGCCAGCAAACAGAGUAAGAGGCUGCGAUUCCAAAGGCUGCGGCGGAUACACCAAUGAAAGAGGAAGCCAGAUGCACCAGGGGGUAGAUGUCAUCUGCAAGGAUGGAUCAGUCGUGUAUUCUCCAUUCACUGGAAACAUUGACAGAAAAGUUAAGCCUUAUGGAAACCAUAAUGCCAUUGAUAAUGGCAUUCAGCUUUCUGGAUCAGGACAUUGCAUUAAGAUGUUUCAUAUCAAACCAUUCAAGAGCAGAGGACCCAUCAAGAAAGGCCAGAGACUUGGUGUAAUGCUCCCAAUGCAAAAAGUGUACCCUGGAAUUACAUCUCAUGUUCACAUCCAGAAUUGUGACUUGACCGAUCCAACUCACUACUUGUAA